CAACCAUGUCGAGGCGCUCAGCGAAGCUCAAGCCGCCGCUGGAGACCUUCGGAGUGCCUUGACAGUCGAUCUGAGCUACGGUGCCAAGAAGUUUCUGUCCCACAAUGUUUUGGUCUGCGCUCACCAAGACUGCGUCAAGCACACCAGCGAUGAGAAUGGGAAGAGCAUGACCGACUACAUCACCAAGUGUGCCGAGCCCUUCUAUUUGCCAAACUCUCGCAUCGGAGUCAUCGGCGACCCACUGUUUCAAGGCUCCAGUAUGUUCAAAAAUGAAUUGUGCUCAAGUUGCGGUCGCAGCUUCAAGCUCCACAUGCAAAUCAACUGGGAGGUCGUCUAUAAAACCAAAAAAAUCAUGAACAGACACGCCACAAGCCAAGUUAACAGCCAGAAUGAGGCGGGAAGGAAACUCGAGAGCUCCAUCAGCUCCCUCAGGAGCGCCAUUUCUCGCCUCACAGGUGAAGAAGCACGCCUCAUAGGAAAUGCCUCCAGCUACUCUGCCUUUGUCAAAGAAAACGGAAUCAUACUGUACAACGAUGCGAUCAUUGAGUAUAUCAACCAUCUCAUCGAGGAAGAAAAGGGGGCAAGCAUCGAGGUGACCGCUGCGACCGGCACCUCCGCUGGCUCCAAAAGCCCUCUCCAAAGCCUGAGUGAGCUCAAGCAGAUAUACGAAAGCGAGAAGCGGGUGAUGGUCGGCGCUCUGGCAAAGCACACCGGUGCGAUUCCGACCCACGAGGAGAUGAAGAAGUCGCUUGGUCUCAUUCCUCCCCCACCACCGCCACCGCCGGCACCCAGCGUUACCCCAGCACAACCCCCUCGGAAAGGCUUCAAAAAGUUCAUGUUCAAGCUCAAGCUAUUCUUCAAGGCUUUCAAGCCAUGAACCGAAUAGCGCGUGUUCAUUUUGUACGGCUUGUCUAUAUUGGAUUAUAAAGCUUGUUGUUCACUUCCCCCUCAGUCCCCGUCAGUAUUGAUGAAUUGUUGCAUCCU